UAAUAUACUUGACACCAUACAUACACAUUUUUGUCAGAUUGAAGUGAGGAGUCAUGAAGUGGAGCUGGGUGCUUCUGGUGGCCCUGCUGUCUUGCGGGAGCCUGACACUGGGUAACAAUAUAAUGGACAUCCCUGAGUUUGAUGGCGAGGACCGUGUUCAUGAUCUCACUGCUAAGAACUUCAGAUCUGUGAUGAAGAAGUACGACAUGAUGGUGGUGUACUACCAUGAGCACCCUGGAGACCGCGUCGCCCAGAAACAGCUUGAGAUUGAAGAGCUGGCCCUUGAGCUUGCAGCCCAGGUCCUUGAAGACCUUGAAGAUGAAGAAAUAGGAUUCGGCCUUGUUGAUGAGAAGAAGGAUAGAGUUGUUGCGAAGAAACUAGGCCUCGACGAGGCAGACAGUAUAUUUAUCUUCACUGAGGACGAGGUGAUAGAAUACGACGGGGAGCUUGCUGCAGACACGAUGGUGGAGUUCAUCUACGAUGUCAUGGAGGAUCCAGUUGAGAUCAUAGACAAUGUGAGGGAGCUGAGAGGCUUCCAAAGCCUUGACGAGGACAUCAAACUGAUGGGCUACUUUAAGACUCCAAAAUCUGAUCAUUUUGAGGCAUUUGCUGACGCUGCUGAUGAGUUUCAUCCCCAUGUCAAAUUCUUUGCCACAUUCAAUCCAAAGAUUGGCAGGGGUCUGGACAUGAAGCUCAAUGAGGUGGACUUCUAUGAGCCUUUCAUAGACGAUCCUGUAGUCCUCCCUGGAAAGCCGUACUCAAUGGAAGAGCUAGUGGAGUUCAUUGAAGAUCACAACAGACCAACCCUAAGGAAGUUGGAGCCACACAACAUGUAUGAUAUCUGGGAGGAUGAUGACGAAGGAGAACACAUCAUCGCUUUUGCAGAGGAAGAUGACACAGAUGGCUAUGAGUUCCUGACCAUCCUUAAACAGGUGGCUGAAGACAACGCUGAUAAUCCAGACCUGAGCAUUCUGUGGAUCGACCCAGAUGACUUCCCACUUCUCGUACCGUACUGGGAAAGCACCUUUGGAAUUGACCUGUCCUCUCCACAAAUUGGUGUUGUAGAGGUUGAGGAUGGUGACAGCGUGUGGAUGGAAAUGGAUGAUCACGAUGACAUGCCAUCUGUAGAUGAUCUUGAGGAAUGGAUUGAAGAUGUUCUGUCAGAUGAAAUUGAUCCAGACGAGGAUGAUGAUGAUGAUGAUGAUGAUGAUGACGAUGAUGAUGACGACGACGAUGAUGACGAUGAUGACGACGACGAUGAUGACGACGAUGAUGAUGAUGAUGACGACGACGAUGACGAUGACGACGAUGAUGACGACGACGAUGAUGAUGACGACGAUGAUGACGACGAUGAUGACGAUGAUGAUGACGAUGACGACGAUGAUGAUGAUGAUGAUGACGAUGAUGAUGAUGAUGACGAUGAUGACGAUGAUGAUGAUGACGACGAUGGUGACGAUGAUGAUGAUGACGACGACGAUGAUGACGAUGAUGAUGAUGAUGAUGAUGAUGAUGAUGAUGAUGAUGAUGAUGAUGAUGAUGAUGAUGAUGAUGAUGAUGAUGACGACGACGAUGAUGACGAUGAUGAUGAUGAUGAUGAUGAUGACGAUGAUGACGAUGAUUACUAAACUGUUAGAAUUUUUGUAUUUUAGUCUUCACUCAAAUCUGGCCCUUCUAUCCACUUAAAUUUACUUUUUUAAUUCGCCUUAUGUUCUGUUAAACAAAGUUAUUGACAUUGAGUUAAAUGUAUCAAUUAAUUUGGAUUGUAUCUUCGAUACAUCUUCUUCAAAGCAUCUUCACUAAAGAUGGUCAAUUUUACUUGUUAAAUUAAAUAAAUCCUCUGCUCUAAAUUAAUGAAACAGUUCUGCCCAGCAACUUUGCCCUGAACAAAAAGGGGACAUUUUUUACAAUCCACAUUUCCACACUGUAAACGUAAAGGACGGUUUCAUUUACUGAAACUUUGACAACUAUUAUUUUUAUAUUCCUAAAGUUUAUUGUCCUUUUUUAAAACAAAUAUAGGUGAUGCAUUGCAGUCUGAGUCCAUUUGUUAAAUAUGUUGAGUCUAUUCUGUGUUUAGUUUUCAUCUGGAAAAUCUUUCAGAUCUUAAAAACCAAAGGUGCAAUCAAGAUUUUCCUAGAAGUUACACUACUGUAACUUGAAAAGAGUGGUGAGCUUUUUUUGUUUUGUUUUUGUGCACUGGAAGUGCUGUAAAUCACAUGGAUGUUUUCUACUGAUGAAGAAAUGUAACAACAACGGUAUUCUAUUUUUUGUAACAAGAAAAAUGAAACUACUGUAAAGUCUUAAAAUAAAGGACAGCUGGGAAAUCA